CAGUGUUGCCUGAAAUCUGAGCGCGGUCGGUCCACGCCGGCGACGGGUGAGAAAUUAGGAGGCUGGACAUGAGGGCAAGAAACAAAGAAACUGGAGUUUGAGGACGCGCAGGAGGCAAAUGGCGGCGGUGUUUGAGGAAGAGGGCGAAAGGGCGGAGGCAGAGAGCUGGUGUCGCGAUGCAUGACAUGGCGGGGCAGCAAGGCGCGAUACGAGAUAAGCGCCGGUUGCCCCAAGCUGCUGACCGCGCCCGCUUCCCGUGGCGACAAGAGUCAUCAGAACAAAAGCGACGUUGAGUCCUCCUUAGCAAGCAUAGCUGAGCAUUGCUUGCGCAGUCGCGCAGAUGACUCCCGUCGGAGCACCGGUGAGCUCGGAAGCAUCCCGAAGCGCUUCACCGAACUCACCCGCGCAGCGCUAAUGCAGGUCCAAUGGCGAGCCGGAGAGAUCAAUGCUGAGGAUGGCAGAUUCGGGUAUCCGUUGGCUGGUUAUGGAUGCAAUUGGGCGUGGUUCUGCGCCCGGUGAACAUUCAUGGGUGUCAUUCUACUCAAAGCUCCCCUGAA